CUGGUUAUUAUAGUCACCCAUGUGUCGUACAAUUUUCGCUUUCUCAAACUUCAAGUUCAGUAAAAGUAGAGAUAAAUAUUCAAUACUUUCUCCAUUUGAUUUGGACAAGUUUGAUACUGUACAAUUAAUCACGUUAAAAGCACGUGUUUCUGGGGAAUUCACCUGUUAGGACACGCCCAAUGAGUUUACGCAUGUAUUUAUAGCUCGUGUUCAGACUUAUACUCAGCUGGUUUCGAGAUGCUUUAAUUACUUUCUGCAUUACUGUCAUAUUAAAAUGGGCGCAGGAGAGUUCAGUUACAGGAUUUCUAUCCCAACUCUAAGAGUCGUCUUUCCGCUCCUUUUCGUCCUCAGGCUUGCUCAAGGUCAGUUGCACGUGGUUGGAUCCCAUCAGCCUGUUGUAGCAGCUCCAGGUGAUGAUGUCAUCCUGCCCUGUCAAGUGGAACCAGCAUUUAACGUGGCGGGGCUGACGGUGGAGUGGUCAAAGCCGGACCUCCGUCCUGACCCCAACGACCGUCUGAGCCGAGUGGAAUAUGUUCAUCUUUACAGAGACGCCCACGAGGUCCCCGACAUGAAGCUCCCAUCGUACAUCGGGAGGACGGCGUUGUUCACAGACGGCCUGAGAGAAGGAAACAUCUCACUAAGAAUCACUAAUGUGACACAAGAAGAUGAAGGAAGAUACAGAUGUUUCAUCCCAAAGUUAAAGAGUCAAACAAGGUUUUCAGUUGUUCGUCUGAUUGUUGACCCAAGUUUAACUGAAACUGGGACAACAGAGACACCACUGGAUCCUGAAAAUUUCCAUAUUUCUGAUUUAAAUGAAGAGAUAGAUAAUAAAGGUGGUUCGUCCGAGCGGUGCCGACUGAUUCCAGUUGUGGUUCUCUGUGUGUUUAUUCUUCUGUGCUUCGCAGUCGGAGGAUGCUUGAUCACAGAGUCACAAAAAGCAGAACUCAAGAAAAUUCCAAUCUAAUUGGCAAGGGCGCAUUGGAAAUGUUAACAGAGACGAGUGCUGCCUACGUACCUGCGGAUGUUUCAUAUGUGUUUGAAGAUUUGAAGCAUUAACUCUUCCAGCCUCUUCUGGACACAGUGGACGUGUCCCAUAAUCUGUUUGGACCCAAAUGAACUUUAACUCCUGUAAAUGAUGACCGUGCCUUCAGUGACUGGUCAGGUGAUGUCACGCAGGUUCGAGUGCAGAAACAGGAUCCAUCAUCUGAGCCAAAGUUGAACUCUGGCAUCAGGGUAUAUGGUUACUUUAAAUCUGUUGAAGUGAUGUGUUGCAGCACUUUGUGUUUUACAUGUUAACACUAAAGCUGAAUUUGUUUUUGUGACUUUUAUGUCAAAGUUUUUUGGUCACACGGUAAGAUUUAGCUCUUUUCACAUAACUUUGCACUACAUAUAGUGUGACUUCAAUAUUUUGUAUAUAUACACACUUGCAGGAUAUAUGAAAAACUGAGGAUUGGUGGGAAAUGAGGGGAGUUUUGUGUCUGUGUUUUUUUUAAAGACUCAAAUCCAGCAGUAGUGUAUUGAGACAGCCUGGAGCUGUAGGUGGUUUUUCUUAUAAUGACACAUUGUUUAUGGGACAAUUUUCUGUUUCAGUUUUGAAUCAGUUUUAGGAUUUUAGUAUUUGGAUGUGACUUUAGAGGUAUGUUUCCUUUAUAAGGAAGAACUUUUCCAUCCUCUGAACUUUAAAGUGCUUUUCAGUCACUUAACACUGACAAUUAAAGGGCUUUUGAGCCACGCAGCUAUAUUUAUGGAGAAAAGAGCCAAUAUCAUCAAUGUUAAAUAUUAAUUGUUCUGUUUAUUUGAGCUUCAUCAUAUUUGCAUUCUUAAAAAGUUGGUCUUUUUUUAAACAUUGUUCUGAUUUUUGAAGUUUGAAACUCUUGUCACUCCUGCACUUUCAAAUGAAUUUAUGUGAUAUUUGAAACCGUGUUUAUUCGGUUUCAUGCAACAAAAAAUAGCCACAUAAAGUGCAUUUCCAAGUGA